UCACGCCUCACUUGGUGUGCACACACACACACUCGCACAGCACGCCGAUGGGGGUGGUGGGAGGCUUCCUGCCACAACAGCCCCCUCCAUAACCCUCCUGGCUGGGAGCUCCGAUCUCCCCACAAAGCCAAGCGGGGGGAGCGGGGGUGGAGGGACGGCGAUUCUGUGUGUGUGAGUGAGUGAGAGAGAGAAAGCCAAGCUGCAAUUUCUGACCUGCUGCAGUUUCCUACGGGGAAUUAAUUUUUUUUAACCCCCCCCUCCUAAUUUAUAUCAUACACCAUCCGGAUCCUUCCUGGAUGUUCUUUUUUCGGAGGGAGCCAAAAAAAAUUUCUAAAAAAAUAUGUCGGUCUGUUUUGUGGAAACUGAUCAAGACUCGGUGGCGUUGAAAGCUUUGGAGAAGUUUUCCAAGAUGUCCAGUGACAGACAAAGGUCAGAUGACGAAAGUCCUAGUACCAGUAGCGGCAGUUCGGAUGCCGAUCAGAGGGACCCUCCAGCCCCUGAACCAGAAGAGCAAGAAGAAAGAAAACCUUCUGCGACCCAACAGAAGAAAAAUACUAAACUCUCCAGCAAAACUACCGCUAAGCUUUCCACUAGCGCUAAAAGAAUUCAGAAGGAGCUAGCAGAAAUCACCCUGGAUCCACCUCCUAACUGCAGUGCCGGCCCUAAAGGUGAUAACAUUUACGAAUGGAGAUCUACUAUCCUCGGUCCCCCAGGCUCUGUAUAUGAAGGUGGUGUCUUUUUCCUGGAUAUCACGUUUUCAUCCGAUUAUCCAUUUAAACCACCAAAGGUUACUUUCCGUACCAGGAUUUAUCACUGCAACAUCAACAGUCAGGGAGUCAUUUGUCUGGAUAUUCUGAAAGACAACUGGAGCCCCGCUUUGACUAUUUCAAAGGUUUUGCUGUCUAUUUGUUCCCUCUUGACAGACUGCAAUCCUGCUGAUCCUCUGGUGGGAAGCAUAGCCACUCAGUACCUGACCAACAGAGCAGAGCAUGACAGGAUAGCCAGACAGUGGACCAAGAGAUACGCAACAUAAGUCACGUGACUACUUUUGUGCAGUGUGAAGGUGCGGGGAUGCAGCUUCGCGGUGUGCAACCAAUCUUUAUAGCCUUUACAAUACGGACUUCUGUGUAUAUGUUAUACUGAUUCUACUCUCUGCUUUUAUCCUUUUGAAGAUUGGGAUACUACUUUCCCCUCCCCACGUUCCCCCCACCUCCACCCCAAAAAGGUAAAUGCUAUCAAGAGUAGAACUUUGUAGCUGUAGAUUAGUUAUGUUUAAAAUGCCUACUUGCAAGUCUUGCUUCUUUGGGAUAUCAAAAUGUAUUUUGUGAUGUAACUAAGGAUACUGUUCCUGAAGUCAACCAAAUAUUAUAGUGCAUUUUAGCCUAAUUCAUUAUCUGUAUGAAGUUAUUAAAGGUAGCUGUAGAUUACUAGGAAAUUACGUCAUUUGUAUUAAGCCCAGACCUAUUUCCAAUAUGUGGUACAUGCUGUCGUGAAAACUGUUUUAAAACUUUUACCUAUGUCAGUUUGUAAUGAAAGGGUUUCCUUUUAUUCCCCACCCCUCCAUCGCCGCUACCUUGUAGCUCAGAGAGCAUCCAGUGUAUCAUCUCAAAAAACAAUAAACACCUUCCCCAAGGAAUAGCUUCUUUUUGUUUUCAUAUCUGAAAUAACAGUCGGUGCAUAUGGUCAUAGAUUAGAUAUAUCAAGAACUGUUUAUACAGACACUCACAAAGAAACUUAAGACUGUGAAGGAAGGACCUGAGCAUGAGACCUGUAGAGCAUGGUCACUAGAGGCAGGCAUGAACCAAAAUACGAACCAAAGUUCAUCAUGAACCAGGCCAGUUCGUGGUUCACAAUCCGGCGGUUUGUGGGAGUGCAUUUCUCACGAACCGUGACAAAUUUUUGCCCAGUUCAUUUGGUUCAUAUUUCAGUUCGUCACUGUAGACAGCCUGGUGCCGAUCAAUCAGUCUCCUAGGCAACGGGGGGAUGGACUCUCUGCUGACCCAGAAGUGAUGUUUUCAUGAACCAUUUUGGAAAACGGGGCAAGUUCAUGAAUGUUCGUGGUUUGUGAAAUGCAACAAAACACGAACCGCAUGGUUCAGAAUUUUCCCGGUUCGUGCCCAUCUCUAGUGGUCACCCGUGUGGCCUGAGUGUGCAAUGGGAGGGGGGAUGUUGUCUCUCUAUUUUGCUUGAAAGAUGAAAUGAUGAGGAGUGACUGAGUUUUCAGUCAUUAGCUUGGCACAAUGGAUAGAUAUUGAUGACUCCAUCUUCCAUUGUUUUCUAAAUGGUCAGGACAGGCAUACCACGUUUUUGCACCUGAUCAGAAAUCCAGGGAAGUAAAAGAGAGUGGUAAGAUUCUCCUCACCUCUUGGAAGGACAAGGUAGAGACAACCAGUUCACACUUUGUGAUUAAUCGUCUAUAUUACCCCAAAUUUUGACAGGCCAGUAUGGGUACCGGGGGGGGGGGGGGGCGAGUCAGGAAAAAAUCCUGUUUAAUAAUAACAUUUUAUUUAUAUACUACCCUUUAGGACAACUUAACAGCUACUCAGAGCUGUUAACAAAGUGUGUUGUUGUUAUCUCACAACAAUCACCCUGUGAGGUAGGUGGGGCUGAGACAGCUUCAAGAAGCUGUGACGGACCCAAGGUCACCCAGCUGGCUUCAAGUGGAGGAGUGGGGAAUCAAACUUAGCUCUCCGUAUUAGAGUCCUGCUGCUCUUAACCACAACACCAAACUGGUGAACGAACAGCCCACCGACAUGGUUCCUGUUUGGAUUUUUUUCUACCUUAAGUUAGUUUUUGCAAGAUGAAUCGUAAGGUUUCCAACCUGUAGGCUCAGUUUCAUUUCUGUAAAAGUUUCUUAACUCGUAUCAGGUUGCAGGCAGUUCAAUGCUUUGGACUGAGGUUUGAAGUCACAACCUAUCUAAUCACAUUAAACAGUCUUCUGAAGCAGCAUGGUUGCAUGCUCUACUUACCAGGUUAUUUCAAAGUGGAAUAAGUAGCAUCGUGUUAAUCCGGAACUAUUGUGUGGAAGAAAGACAGAAAACGUUGGGGCAAAAUGCACUUUUAUAAGUAAAACUAGUAAUACUGAGCACAACCUAGAGGGACAGUCUCUUGUGCCAACCCUAGGGAAAUUAAUGGGAUCUCUGCAAAGAAUCAUACCAUGAACUUCAGUGUGGAUUGUGCACAAAUUUUUCCCACGGUAUUGUACCUUUAUUAAGGCCCAAUUUGUAUAUGUUACUUUUUUGCAGGAGGUUUGCCACCUCCAAAAUCCAUUCACCCUCAUGAUUGACUCCUACGUUGCUUAGGUAAAUAUGAUCAGAGGAGAUUAUAAAAAUACGUUCAAUAUAAGCAACCCCCCUCCAUUUAGGUUGCUGCCACUAUCAAGUAACUUAUCCAUGAGAUCAAACCGUACAGUUAAAGCAUCCAUAUCUUACCCAUACAAGAUAUCCACUAGCAAAGUACUGUAUGAAUAGGGCCGAAGACACAGGCAUGAAUAUUUGAUCUGUAGCAAAUUAUUUGCUGUUCCUUAUUACUGUAAUGGCGACAAAGCUCUUACUAGUUGUUUUCUUAUAACUAAUGUGCUAACCAUUUGGUCCUAACCCACCAAAGCUGCUGUGCAUUUUUGGUCAUUUUUAGCACUACUGUCAAACAGUUGGGUGCUUUAAAUUUAUUAAUAGUUGAAUUUCAGUAUUUUUAAUAUCCAAGUAUUGUCAGAAUAUAGAAUCUUCAAAAUAUCGUAGAUUAAUCUCUCAAAGAUCGAUGGUCUCCAGAAUAUGACAUCUAGAGCAAUGUUAGUGGGCAUUUAUACCUACAUAUUCUGAGAGGGUAGUUCCAACAAGUUACCAGUUUUAAAUCAAAGCCUAAAGCCAUUUCCACUUGUAAUUUCAAAAGGGUUUGUUAACUGCUCAGGUUCUAUUUUAGACGUUGACGUAGAUGUCGCUCGGGUGGAUUCAACCCCACCUUACCACUCUACUGAGCAGAGUUUGAGAUGUUCCUCCAAC